AUGGAUGCUGAAGAUAAUCACAAGAACUUGGAACGGCUGGCCCGUGUGCGUGAGAAUCAGCGUAAAAGCCGUGCGAGAAAGCAAGAGCAUGUCCGCGAACUCGAACAGCAACUGGCAAUCUACAAAGAGCAAUCACAACAUAGAGACAUAGAAGAUCGAUUGGCCAUCCAGAAAUUAGAGGCAGAAAACCAGAAUCUCAAAACUCUGUUAGGCUCGUUGGGGGUGUCCGGGGAUUUGAUCCAGCAAUAUGUUACUUUGGCCGGCCAAGGCACAGUGGUGGAUCGCAAAGUCGCAAUACCUGCAACUCCCCGACCAAACGAAGAAGUGGCUUUCAUAUCACGUUGCAAUAAGGUCGCUUCGCAGCGAUCCAUACCACCAGGAGAAAAAUGGUUGCCACCGGAGGGCUCAACUCCGUCUCUUUGCAACUGCCCAGCGGAGCAAGCGGAUCAAUGGUCAUCUGAACAAGACGUGUUGAACACGACUCUUUGUGCGAUCGCAGAAGAUCUCAUUGUUCAGUGCAAUGCACGAGGUACCGAUAUAGAAGAGCUUCGACGGAGGCUCUGCUCGGGGUUUACAAAAGGACAGCCCGGCGAUGGCUGCCGUGUUCAAAACAAUGUCUUGUUUCAAGUACUGGAUGAGAUUAGUAAUUGA